CAUUGUGGCCGCUAGUCGGUGCGCCAACUCUAAAACAGAGGAAUUUAAAAAAAAAUAUGAAAAAAAAGAAAGCAAUGGGGUGAGGAGGAGUGAAUGUGUCUGAUAGAAGAACUUAAUCAUCACUGCAGAGAUGAUGAUGCUUUGUGUUUCUUUGCGGAUGAUAAAUAAGAGGAGGAAAGGAGGUGGGAAGCUGAGGCAGAAUUCGGACUGUAAAUCGGUAGAAGCUCACGGUUUGUGUUUUUGAUUGAACUCGGGCUCAGAGAGACACAUCGCUGCACAUCUGGAAAAGCUGGAGCACGAUAAACAGCCGAAAGCUUUAGACGUCGCCUGGAUGAACACUACAGCGAUAAGAUAACCGAGAAACCUUCCCUCUGGAAGGCGGUUAACUCAGGCGUCGCGCGCGUGCUUAGCUACCUUUUGAAGUCGGCUAACGUACACUGCUAGCUAACAGCACGACAUACCAUUGCACACACUGACAGCGUCGAGCUGCGAAAUACACGCACGCACACACACAGGAUGUGCAUGGGUUAGCUAGCUGGGGAAUUUGCCAAACAAAUGGCCAUGCCUCACAAAUAACUUACUCGAGAAGCUCUUCAAGCUCCAAGUCCAGCUCUGAUUACAGGUGUAUGGGAUGAACUUGGCUCCGGUCCUCUGAUGCCCCUGACCUAGGGCCUACCUGGUGGAUUCCUCAUUCGCCCCGCACCACUGCCAACAUGCUGAUCAAAGAGUACCGCAUCCCCAUGCCUAUGAGCGUGGAGGAAUACCGCAUCGCCCAGCUCUACAUGAUCCAGAAAAAGAGCCGAGAGGAGAGCGAGGGCGAAGGCAGUGGCGUGGAGAUCCUGGAGAAUCGACCCUACACGGACGGGCCCGGCGGCUCGGGACAGUACACCCACAAAGUGUACCACAUUGGUCAGCACAUCCCCAGCUGGUUCCGCUCCAUCCUGCCCAAAGCAGCUCUACGGGUGGAGGAGGAGUCUUGGAACGCCUACCCUUACACUCGCACCCGUUACACGUGUCCUUUUGUGGAGAAGUUCUCUAUCGACAUUGAGACAUAUUAUAAGCCUGAUACAGGGAACCAGAACAACGUCUUCAAUUUGUCUUCAGCAGAGAAAAGGCAGCGGGAUAUCGACCCCAUAGACAUUGUGAAAGAUGUCAUUGCACCUCAUGAGUACUUGGCUGAGGAGGAUCCCAAGCUGUACAAGUCGGUGAAGACUCAGCGAGGCCCUCUGUCCGACAACUGGAUCCAGGAGAUUGGCCAUAACCCGGGCAAGAUUCCCAUCAUGUGCGCCUACAAACUGUGCAAAGUGGAGUUCCGCUACUGGGGCAUGCAGUCCAAGAUCGAGCGCUUCAUUCAUGACGUGGGUCUUAGGAAAGUGAUGGUGCGUGCACACCGGCAGGCCUGGUGCUGGCAGGACGAAUGGUAUGGCCUGACCAUGGAAGACAUCCGGCAGCUGGAGCUGGAGACUCAGCUGGCCCUGGCCAAGAAGAUGGCGCAGUUUAGCUGCAGCGAAGACGGAGACGAGGAUAACGCCAGUCCUGCCAAAGAACAGGACGCCAAGGAGGCGAUCAACGCCAUCGAGAAUGAAGGUGCAACACGGAGUCUCGGGGACACGCUGCAGGCUCGGGGAGAACUCACCAAGCAGUGGUCCACCUCGUCCAGGUCCUCCCGCUCUUCAAAAAGAGGAGCAGCAAGCCCGUCUCGACACAGCAUUUCCGAAUGGCGCAUGCAGAGCAUCGCCCGCGACUCAGACGACAGCACAGACGACGAGUUCUUUGAUGCACACGAGGACCUCUCAGACGGCGAGGAGAUGUUUGUCAAAGAGAUCACCAAGUGGAACUCCAACGACCUGAUGGACAAAAUAGAGACGGCGGAGGCAGACGAACCCCAAAGUGACUUGUACCAGGACUCGGGGGUCGAGUAUUCCGAAGCUGGGAAUGUCCAAAGCCUUAAUGAGGACGGCUCGGGUCAACAGGGCCUGCAGUCGUCGAAGGUGCACGUGCUGCUCCUGGUCCUGCAUGGCGGCAACAUCCUGGACACUGGAGGUGGAGAGCAGAGCAGCAAGCAGGCUGAUGUCAACACCAUUAGCUUGGCUUUCGAGACCGUCAUGCGCGUGCAUUACCCGACAGCGCUAGGCCGCAUCGCCAUCCGCAUGGUGCCAUGCCCCGCCGUGUGUGUGGAGGCUUUCUCGCUCGUGUCAAAUUUAAGUCCAUACAGCUAUGACGAGGGCUGCCUCUCCAACAGUCAGGACCACAUCCCUCUCGCCGCUCUGCCUCUGUUGGCCACAUCCGCUCCUCAGUACCAGGACGCCGUGGCUGCGGUGAUAGUGCGAGCCAAUCAGGUGUACGGAGACUUCAUUAAAUCGUUGGAAGGUACUGCGUUCUCUGGCCAGGUGUGUCUGAUAGGUGACUGUGUCGGAGGGAUCCUGGGCUUUGAUGCCCUCUGCAGCAGCAACAUCACCGUGUCGGAGAGCCAGAACAGUAGCAGGAGAGGGAGCAUAGUCAGCGUGCAGGACAACGAUCUGCUCUCGCCGGGCAUCAUCAUCAACAGUAGCCCGUCAGGCUCGGGUUCUGGUUCUGGUUUGUCCCUGGAAGGCAGCCGUCACUUGAGCCGCAGCAACAUCGACAUCCCACGCUGCAGCGGUGCCGAUGACCCCAAGAAGCAGCUGCCCCGCAAGCGUAGCGACUCUUCCACCUACGAACUGGACACCAUCAAGCAGCACCAGGCCUUCCUGUCUAGUUUGCACGCCAGCGUUUUGAGGAAUGAUCCAGGCUCUCGGCGGUCGAGUAACAGCACGAUGCUGGAAGGAGGCGGCGCUCUGGGCAAGUUCGAUUUCGAGGUGUCUGAUUUCUUCCUGUUUGGCUCUCCUCUGGGUUUGGUCCUGGCUCUGAGGAAAACCGUGGUCCCUUCUCUAGACGUGGCUCACCUCCGUCCAGCCUGCCAGCAGGUGUAUAACCUGUUCCACCCUGCAGACCCGUCAGCCUCACGCCUGGAGCCACUGCUGGAGAAGAAGUUCCACCUGCUGGCGCCCUUCAGCGUGCCACGUUACCAGCGUUUCCCUCUAGGCGACGGGCACUCGGCCCUGUUGGUGGAGACCCUCCAGAGCAACCCUCACCUCCUGCUGGAGAGUGGAGGCCGCUGCCACGAUGGCUUAGGCGAGACCUCCAUCCCCGUUCCCGUGCUCAACUGGCAGGCUGUGCCAGCCACGCCCGAGUCGGAUGUAAUGCACUCUCACGGGGGGAUGUUCCUGGAGAACUCCUACCCUUCGUCUCCUGCCUCAGCCCCAGCGUCCCGCAACAUUCGAAGACCCAGCGAGGUCAGCAUCGCCAGCCAGGUUUCCGGACUGGUGGAUAGUUACACUGCCUCCAAUAUCGCCAACACACAAGCAUGUCAUCUCAAUCAGUCCAAAAAGCUUAGCCUUUUGUCCCAGCUGGCCCUCCCUUAUAACAAAAUCUCCUCGAGAAGCCCAUCCCCGAAAGCCCGCUACAAGUUGCUCAGUAGCAGAGCGGCAGGCUCAGAUGAGGUGAGCUGCUUCGAGCCCUCCCCUCUCCCCAACUCCAGCCCUCCGUCGCCGAGCAUGCAGCUGGAUAUAGAGCAAGUUGCUGCUCGUUGGUGGGGGACAAAGCGCAUUGACUUUGCCCUGUACUGCCCUGAUGCCCUGACUGCCUUUCCCACCGUGGCUCUACCUCACCUUUUCCACGCUUCCUACUGGGAGUCUACAGACGUUGUGUCCUUUCUGCUCAGACAGGUAAUGAGGCAUGAGAACUCCAGUAUUCUGGAGCUGGAUGGGAAGGAGGUUUCAGAAUUCACACCCUCCAAACCACGGGAGAAGUGGCAGAGGAAGAGAACACACGUUAAGAUCAGGAAUGUAACCGCGAACCAUCGCGUGAACGACGGAGUCUUUACGGAGGACGGCAUGCAAGUGGUCUCCGGCCGUUUCAUGUACGGUCCAUUGGAUAUGGUCACUCUAACUGGAGAGAAGGUUGACAUCCACAUAAUGACACAACCUCCAUCAGGAGAGUGGGUGUACUUCGACACAGAGCUGACCAACAGCAGCGGCCGAGUUUCUUACACGAUCCCCGAGAGCAAACGACUAGGGAUCGGCGUGUACCCAGUCAAAAUGGUGGUCAGAGGUGACCACACAUCUGCAGACAGCUACCUGACUGUGCUGCCACGUGCCACAGAGUUUGUAGUGUUCAGCAUCGAUGGCUCGUUUGCUGCCAGUGUGUCUAUUAUGGGAAGUGACCCUAAAGUGAGAGCAGGGGCAGUGGACGUUGUCAGGCACUGGCAGGACUUGGGCUACUUGAUCGUGUAUGUGACGGGCCGUCCAGAUAUGCAGAAGCAGCGUGUGGUGGCCUGGCUCUCGCAGCACAACUUCCCUCAUGGCAUUGUGUCCUUUUGCGACGGUCUGGUGCACGACCCACUUCGUCACAAAGCGAACUUCCUCAAGUCCCUCAUCGCUGAUGCACAUAUGAAGAUCUUCGCUGCGUACGGCUCCACGAAGGACAUCUCGGUGUACACUUCGCUUGGCCUGCCGCCAUCUAGCAUCUACAUUGUUGGCAGACCAACGAAAAAGAUGCAGCACCAGUGUCAGUUCAUCUCAGAUGGGUACGCGUCUCAUUUGUCACAUCUGGAGUACAGUCAGCGCUCUCGACCGGCCAAGACAGGCAGCACACGUGUGACUCUGCGUAAGGGAAGCUUCGGUCUGGGUGCCAGUAGCGACUUCCUGCGCAAACGCAACCACCUGCUGCGUACCAUCUCCUCCCAGCCGGCCCCCUCCUCCUCGGCCACGUCCUCCGGCCACGGGAGCCGUCCUGAGCGCGCUCAGAGCCAGUCGGAGUUUGACCGCGAGCGGGCUGAGCGUGCACAGAGGAGCAUGAGCAUUGCGGCGGGCUGCUUCGGGCGUGCAGGGAAGUUGGAGGGAGGCACCCUGAGCCCCAAGUAACCCUCCAUCAGCUUGGAGUUUAUGGGAUAAAAACACGGGAUAAAAUGGAACGGACUCUGUGAGAGACUGGCACGGCUUUUCUAAUGUAGCAAGAGUGGCAUUGGGGAAAAAAAUAUUUUGUUCCACUGAGGUAACACACCAACAAGAAAUCUAAUGCCUUACGCAUCGCUCUAGAUUUUGGAACGCUGGUCAUUGCCUCUCAGUUUGCUUGAAUGUACAGAGGAAUCGGAUGCUUGGGUAGUUCUGACUCCUCCAAUCUCCACCUGCAUCAUCAGAAAAGUGGAAGAAGUCUCCAACGUCAUCGUGAUGUCCACCAACAUUUUCCACCUGUAGAUACAUGCCUCCCUCCUCACGUGCUCAGGGCAGCCGUGUACAGACAAGUCGGCCACGGUCAAUCCCAGAAACCACUCGUGUUAGCCACACUCAAGCCCUCUUUGCCAACCUCUUGCCCUCAGUUUCUUCCUCUUUUUACUAAGCUAUUCUUAUGGAGGGGGUUCUCGUCAAAAGCCCUGCAGCAUUUGGCAAUAAGGACCCACCGUGUUGCGUCUUGUGUUCAGCUCACAGGUCAUCAGAGGCCUUACUUCUUAACAGCAUAUUACCACACAAGCAUUAAACAUACACGGGGCGAGUGCUGCUCUGGGGCCGAAAGCGAGGACAGUUGACACUCGAGCUGUAAUUUGGCAACAAUCCCUUUAUCUGGCCAUCAUGCUUGCAAUACCUCUCGGACAUCACUAGGGUGUCUAGCGCUCCUGAAAACUCUCGCUCAUGUCUCCGGUGCGCCAUGGCAUGUAUAGAUAGCCAAGUACAAAUCCUCCUGAGCCUCCACGCUACCACGUUUCCUCAGCACCCUUUUUUCUCCCUGGUUCCAGAGCAAAAACCACUUUGCUGCUCCGUUCCUCCGAACGAGACGACUGGCGUAGGCGUCUAUCCGCAUUUACAAAGAGUACACUGGGGAGAUCCGUUUUCUCAAGACGCUCGACGCGGUAGUCGGCUGUCUCUCACCAGUUUGUGCACCUUUAUUGCUUUGAUUUAUCUGAAGAAUCAGAGUAUACACGGACAACUGGCGGCGCUCGAUAUAACCGAUGGCCAAAACCAUUUCUUUUCCAGAAGCUGUAGUUACGUAAAUGUAUAACCUCAUUGUUCCUUUUGCACAAGUCGAUAGUGGAACCUUGUUACCAUCUCAUGUGGCUACAUAUUGUUAUCGUGUAGUGCAUGAUCUUUAUUAAUAUAUGACAGAUUUCGAGUGCGUGCGCACACAACGGUAGUAUUUAUCUCUGUCAGGAUUAAAAAAUGUGCCAAAAUUAGAAUGAUCACAGGAAGGACAAACAAAACAUCAGUUAUUUCCUUUGUAAAUGUACUACUGGGUACUCGAUCCGAGCGUCUGUUCGAGCUGUAAAGAAAGGAGUUCGGCACGUGUAUAAUGUUUAUAAGAUUUCUAUCAUUUCAGGUCAACAUGAAGUCCUUUAAAAGUCUGUGCUCUAGCUUACUGUUCAUAUGUAAGUGAGAUGUAUAGAACUAUUGCAGGAUAUUCUUUUAAUCAUAAGCUGUGAUUUUACUUUUGUUUUUAGAUUCAACGGCAUGAUACGUUGUAGCCAAAUACUGUAUAGGAGGUUUUGUUUUUUGUUUUUUUUUGGUAUUUGUUAACAGGCAGACACUGGAUGUGAGAGGAUGUGAUGUAUUUAAUUAGGAUCUUAUUGGAGUUGUAUAUUUGAACGGAGCGCUGGAAGGUUUUUGGACGCAGCAGCCGCUUGUUUAUAAAAGUUCAGGGGAUUGUAGAAUGUUUUGCGAUUGUGUGGGGAAUAACCGACGUGUAGAUAUUGUAAAGAUGUACAUUUUACUAUAUAGGAAAUGUAUGGUGAGGAAUUAUUUAUGUAGAUUCGCAAAAGUAAAUGUCAGAUUUUAGUGCAUUCAUGGUUGCUUAAAAUGUUUUUUUUUGGAGGGGGGGGAGGGUGCGGGGGGUUGGGGGUAGUUUCUUUAAGGACCAACACCAUUAAUUACAUCAGCGCAGUUUGUGUACAACAAGACACCACCGCACAGACAAUCAGUCUCGGGCACACAAACAACACACCUAGAACACAAUCAUCUGGAAAUAAGGCACUCAUCACUCAUCAAAUACUUAACCGCCAUUGGAUGAAAGACUUUCUGGAGAAUGUAAAAGAUCUAUUUUAUUAAAAUCUGGCGAGUUUUAAUAUGGUCUUUUUUCUUCUUUUUUUUUUUAAAAUUGGAAAUCACCAAAUUUAAAAGAAAUUUCGAGAAGUAGUUGAAGGCGGCGUGCGUAAAAUAGCAACGUCACACAAGCGUACUCGAACGUAAAGUGUUUCUGUGUAUAAUAUAACGCCUUCACGGUGGUUUUUAAAUCUGUCCAGCAGAUGGCGCAAAUAAGCAGCUUCAACGCUAGAAAAUGCAGAGGGUUUUUUUUUUGGGAGAAGUUAAUGUGCAAUAUGUACUCGCGGUUGAUUUGUUUUAUACAGAAGUCCAGAAAUGUCCGGCACUUCCAACAAAAUCUCUGUUGGAAGCACUUUCUGAUUAAGAGGUUAAGAUUUGCUGUUUCUUAAUGCCAUUUAAUUUAAAAUCAAAUCAUAUUGCAAUCAAAAACCAGUUUUACAAUCUCCAAGAGCUCUUUGUUUGUAAAUUAUUAUUAUUUUUGCCAUCCUUGCCAUUUUCCCCCCUCUUUUAAUUCAACCAAGUGAUUUAUUCCAUCCAAUGUUGUCUCCAAAACAUUUAGAGAUACAAACUGGUGAAUAUUACUGGGAACCACAGGAAAUAUAUAAUAUAAUCAUUUCUAUAUUACAGAUUUAUAAACAAGCAGCAGGUCAGGUUUUGAGUGUAACGUUCCAUUUUUCAAUAACUUAUUACGAAUUCACUGUCCUCUGUGUAGAAAUCAGCAUGUAAUCACAUUAAAAUAACAACAAAAAAAAACAUGAAUUUGGACACAUUUCUAAGUUAAAGGCACGAUGUGAUAUUGUAAACGCAUCGGAGAACGUACUGCUGACGCCCACUGUACUACAGCAAAGACGUGGCAGCAAUUCUAAACUCUGAGCAUUUCAUCACCUCAUGUUUCUUUACCGAGUUUUCAGAACGUAUCUGAAACGCAUCCUGUUGCUCAAAACCCCGUGUAUUUCCAACCGUACACUCUGAAUACAAACUAACACUGUAAACAGUUUUGAUCUGAAUGACUUCUCGGCUCUUUUUCACCCACUUGUGCUCGGUUCUGUAUUAUUGUAUGUACUGUGGAUUAAAUACAGUUGGACAGCCA